AUGUUGGGAGGCAAAAAAGGAGGCAGAUCGUAAGUGUACUGUAGGCGGGGGUACUGUAGUCCUUUGAGAGCUUCAAACGACUAUAGAUAGGUUACUGUAGAAACUCCUGUAUUAUCAAAAAUCUCAUCGGUACCACGCGCUCCACCGAAAUAAACACGCAACGCAGACCGCGCCGCGCCACAACACACACAAAAAGGGAGGGAAUUUGAAUCGUUCCCUUUUUUUGUGUGUGCUGUGGCGCGACGCGGUCUGCGUUGCGUGUUUCGGUGGAGCGCGUAUUUACCGAUGAAUUUUCGAUAAUACAAGAUGAGCUACAGUAAUCCUAGGAUUACGGUAUGAAAAAUGGCGCCAAAUCACACUUAUUUGUUGCAGAAAUUCGAAGAAAACGGUAAAAAAACAGUAUGCGUUGAAAAAGAAGGACACACUCGAAGACGACGACGAUCUAUUCGGCGGCGCAAAUUCGCCAACAACACACGGCGGAGCAUCGUCGCAUGAAAGCGGAGCCGGAAGCGGAAAACCGGUGCGCAAACGCAAUUCGCACAAAUUGCUCAGCCACGAUUCGAGAGGAGCAGGUUCGAAGACCAAAAAGGAGGCGUCGCAGAUGGGAAAUGUUGGGAAGGCGUCGAGAAAUUCGGGAAGCCGAAAAUCGAAGAAGGGUGUGCGUGUUGAUCCGAAUAUGUGUGCUUCGGUGAAGAGAUUCGAGGAGGCGGUUAGAGGAAUGAGUUAGUGACGGGGGGUACUGUAGGGUCCUUUAAAGGUUCAUACUCUUGUCAUAUUAUUCAUAUGAUAGAAUGGUCUAAGACGAACAGAAUCAUAUGAAUUUUGAUGACUUUACGUUAUCCAUAAGUGAUUUAGCGGCUUAUCGACUAAAUAUCGACCUAAACGUCGCUAAAUCACUUAUGGAUAAGGUAAAGUCAUCAAAACUUAUAUCAUUCUGUUCGUCUUAGACCAUUCUAUCAAACCGAAAUAAACACGCAACGCAGACCGCGUCGCGCCACAACACACACAAAAAGGGAACGAUUCAAAUUCCCUCCUUUUUUGUGUGUGUUGUGGCGCGACGUCUGCGUUGCGUGUUAUUUCGGUGGAGCACAUGUUACCGAUGAGAUUUUCGAUAAUAUGCACCUUUAAUCAUUCCUACAGUAAUCUAAAGGGACAUACACUCGCUUCGCUCGAACCGCUUUCGCGGAAUUUUGAUCUACACUCGCGCCAAAGGCGCUCGAGGUACUGUACUGUAAUAACAUUAAAACCCAAUAUAUCAACUCAAUCGCGGUCGGGAAACAAAGCUUGUUUCCGGACCGCGACGCACAACCGCACGCAACUGACGUCAUCAAUUUUUCAGUGUCGUAUGGUGGAAUUGGUGCGUAUUACGAAACCCGCCUCAAAGCCUACACGUCACCCUCCUCAACCACCACCGCCGCCGAUUCGAAUCCCACCAAAAACCGCACCGCAGUCACGUGCUACGAUCAUUCACGUGUCAAACUGGCGCCAACCGAAACUCGCAAAUCCGACUACAUCAACGCGAGUCACAUCACGUUUGCCAACGUCAAUCGCAAGUACAUCUUAGCGCAAUACCCAUUGCCGGACGCUUUGGAGGAUUUUUGGGCAAUGAUAUUUGACAAUGAGGUGGAGACGGUGCUCGCCGUGUUCAAUCCGUUUGGUGAUCCCGAAAUCAAGGAGUUUCAGGACAAGCCGACGGGUUCGUAUAAGCGAAGUAGCAAGAGUGAGAAGCGAUCGGUGAUGCAACAAAGUUCGGUGAAUCAGAUUAGCGAAUGUCGUCCGUUGUCGAUUCGCGAGACGAAAUUCAAUAUGACGCAAAGUCACCGGGAAAUUGCGAUGACUUCAAAACGCUGUGCAUUGGCCGAUUCCACCGCCUAUUUCCCGCUGAAAGAAGGUCAAUUUGUGACAAUUGGUCGCUUCUUUGUUCACACCAGGAAAGUAGAGGUUCCCGAAAAGGCUUUCCGCCCAUUUAUUUAUACAAUCGAGGUUUUGCCGGAGGGUUGUUCGGAGUGUAAAUUUGUGCGAAUUAUCAAUUAUCCGCAAUGGAAGGCGAAGAGAAAACCGAAUGUCAAGGUUUUGUUGUAUAUGUUGCGAGCGAUUGGUGCGGAUCCACUACAGAAGGGACCGAUUUUGUUGCAUUGUGAUAAUGGGUUGAAUCGAAGUGCCGUGUUGCUUUUGACGGAUGUGAUUAGUUCGAUUUGUUUGGAGGGAAAACCGUUGGAUAUUGAUGAGAUAUUUCGACAAAUUCGACAACAACGUGGCGGCGCGUUUCAGCUUACGUGUCAUUUUACGUUUGCGAUUUAUGCGAUUGCGAGUUUGGUUUAUGUAUGAGUUUGGGCGGGUCAGAAUUUGGGCAUAGCUUCCGCAUCUCUGCUGAAAUCCCGACAAAAAUCACAAGUUUUCGGAUUUUUAGACAAAACUAGAAUCUAGUUUUGUCUAAAAAUGGGAAAUUUGUGAUUUUUGACAGGUAUUUCAGAAAUUAGACAUAAUUUUGAGAUUUCCAGUCAAAAUUUGGGCAUAGCUUACGCAUCUCUGCUGAAAUCCCGACAAAAAUCACAAGUUUUCAGAUUUUCUGACAAAACUAGAGUCUAGUUUUGUCUAAAAAUGGGAAAUUUGUGAUUUUUGGCAGGUAUUUCAGAAAUUAGUCAUAAUUUUGAGAUUUUCAGUCAAAAUUUGGGCAUAGCUUCCACAUCUCUGCUGAAAUCCCCCAAAAAUCACAAGUUUUCAGAUUUUUAGACAAAACUAGAAUCUAGUUUUGUCUGAAAAUGGGAAAUUUGUGAUUUUUGGCAGGUAUUUCAGAAAUUAGACAUAAUUUUGAGAUUUCCAGUCAAAAUUUGGGCAUAGCUUACGCAUCUCUGCUGAAAUCCCGCCAAAAAUCACAAGUUUUCAGAUUUUCUGACAAAAAUAGAAUCUAGUUUUGUCUAAAAAUGGGAAAUUUGUGAUUUUUGGCAGGUAUUUCAGAAUUUCCAUAGAAAAACUGAAAUUUUUCAGCUUCGCUGCAAAUCUCGCGGAGCAGCCAACAGCGAAACAUUACAAAUGCUCAAGAAUUUGAUCAGAGACUUGGGGAAACAGUGUCCGAGCAAAGAAGUUGCCUAA